UUCAAUGUUGGUGAACAUGCCUCCCCGUGCACGAACUCAGAAGAAGUUGGGCAGCAUUUGUGAGCUGCAAACAGUGUCUCUGAAGAGUCCACUGGGUGUUAUUCACAUAAGCUGCUGCCGAGAAGGAAUACACACCAUCGAGCUCAAGCCAGACUACAAAGAGUGUGGGUGUGGGUGUGGGUGUGUAUGCGCAGAUGAUCAACUGAAGCUGUUCCCUGAGUGUGUGAGCUGCGUAGCAUGGCUGAAGGCGUAUUUCAAAGACCCAAACUCCACACACACCCUACCUCUGCCUUCUAUACACCAUCCCAUUCUACAGGGAGGGUCAUGGACAGCGUGUGUAUUGCGUACACUGCAGAGCAAAGUGUGUGUGGGUGAGGUGGUGUCGUAUGCACACCUCGCCCAGCUGGCCGGAAGACCCAGGGCUGCACGCGCUGUUGGUGGAGCCAUGCGCAAGAACCCGGUCCCUCUGCUGAUUCCAUGCCAUCGAGUGUGUUUGAGCAGCGGAGUGGCGGGGCACUACAUGGGUUGCCGUGGUGACCAUCUCAAACUCUGGCUGUUGGAGCAUGAGAAGAAUACCUCACAGUGAUAUGCACAUGUACACACACACAUACACAUACACACACAUACACAUACACAUACAUACACAUACACAUACACAUGUACACACACACAUACUCACACAUACACACACACAUACACACACAUAC